AUGCCCAAGUGGGUGUGUUGGCCCGACUUGGACAUGAUGCAGUUGUUUGAAGCUGAGUUUCGCACACGUGGUGGUAUUCCUGGUGUGGUAGGCGCCAUGGACGGCACCUACAUCCACUGCCGCGGUCAGGGGCCGCACUGCGAGGACUUCGAAAACCGCAAAGGCUUCUUCUCGAUCAUCUGCCAGCUUAUGUGUGAUAGCAUGGGACUUAUUUGGGACUUCUUUGUUGGUUAUCCCGGGAGCGUCAACGACGCACGUGUUUUCAUAAACAGCCCCGCAAGAGUGAAAAUUGAGGAAGGUGGUUUUUUGGACUUCACACUAGUAGCAGACGCAGCCUACGGCCUUACAAACUACAUUUACACCCCCUACCGUGCCCUGCCUGGACGCUCGCUGCCUGACGAGCAGCGGGUGUGGAAUCUUCAGCAAUCUCGCACGCGGAUGAUUGUUGAACAGAUCAAUGGGAGGCUCAAGACCCGUUGGCGCAUUCUCGACGAGCGACUCGAAUAUGAUGUGUUCCGCGCCCCUCAAGUCGUCUCCGCCUGCAUCGCACUUCACAACAUCGACCUCGUCCUCGGUUUCCGUCCCUGCCUGUCCGAACCCCGUGAGCGCAACACAUGGUGGCUGGAAGGACCCGUGGCUGACGCGCCGCACAUCUCGCCCCGUGAUUACGGCUUCACUCCGACACGUCGUCGCACUCUCGCUUGGUGGCGUACUUCUACGCCUCUUGGAGGCUCGGACAUCCUGAUGAGCGUCAACCAUCGCUUGGCCGCAGGCCUAGGCCGACGGGAGACGCCGCGGCCACGGAGCGCAACACCCGCAUGCGCGCCGAUGACGUCUGAUUCGUUCGGCGAAGCUGUCGAUGCGGAACCAGCAGGAAGUCCCGACGGCGCAGGGGAGCUUGUGGCCGGGGUAGACAUGGACCGGCGCGAGUGA